AUUCUUAACGCUAAUGUUCCAUUUCUGAGAAACAGGUUCAUCGGACGCAUAUGGCCACUCUUGUUCUCCAAAAUACCUCGUUGUUUUUCAACCCGUUCACCCGUUUAACCCGAUUCGUUUCAGAAGCUUCUUCACCUUUCAGCUGAGACCAAAAACAAGUGUGCAACCAUGGGAGAUGCAAUUGAUUUGUCUGGGGAUGGUGGAGUCAUCAAGACCAUUGUGAGGAAGAGCAAGUCAGAUGCUGUGGCUCCAACAGAAGACUUUCCGGUUGUUGAUGUACACUAUGAAGGCACACUUGCUGAUACCGGUGAAGUCUUUGACACUACACAUGAAGACAAUACUAUAUUCUCCUUUGAAGUUGGAAAAGGCAGUGUUAUCAAGGCUUGGGACAUUGCAGUCAAAACCAUGAAGGUUGGAGAAAUUGCAAAAAUAACAUGCAAGCCAGAAUAUGCAUAUGGUAGCGCGGGAUCUCCGCCAGAUAUCCCCCCAGACUCAACACUUGUUUUUGAAGUUGAGCUAGUUGCGUGUAGGCCACGUAAGGGCUCCACUACUGGAAGUGUUUCGGAGGAGAGGGCUAGGCUUGAUGAGCUGAAGAAGCAGAGAGAGAUUGCUGCUGCAGCCAAAGAGGAGGACAAGAAGAAAAGAGAAGAACAAAAAGCGGCAGCUGCAGCUCGCGUGCAAGCGAAACUUGAUGCCAAAAAAGGUCAUGGAAAGGGUAAAGGGAAAGCAAAGUAGGGACUUCAAACAUCUGCAAAAACUUAUGUGUGAAGAUAAUCAAAUAGCUGUUUCGAAAAUUCUGAGUCCAUCCUAAAUAAUUGUUGGCAUGAAGUGUUGGACUUACAUAAUAUGAAUAUAAGAUGUUGGGUAGCUUGCUAUGGAAUGAGACAAUGAGUAGGCAAUAACAUGUUUUUUCAUUUCAGCUAUAUUUUAAUUUUGGUUCUUUUAUGUGCCCAAGUAUGGUUCACCACAACUUAAUUAAAUGCUUAGGGUUUAUUUGAAUUUAUUUAUUUGUGCUUAUAUACUACCAUAAGCAUUUAUUAGACUCUUCAGGAGAAGAAUUUAUGAAAACUACUUAUGACA